AUGAUGGAGCAAGAGCUGGCCGUUCAGCGUCUCGGUUUGGACGACUUCUUCAUCGAUGUGAGUGCUCUCGUGGCUGCGGGGGUGCCUGCGCUGCGCCGGUUUCUAUCGUCUCUCUGCGCGGCGUCUCCGCCCCAAGACGACGCGCCGCGAAUGGAUCUCUCGGAACAGACGCCGUCUAGAUCUGGAGGUCGCCGAGACGCCGUCGAACAGAGAGAGCCGGAACGAACUGGGGAGCGGAGACGCUCCGGGGAAGAGGAAGAAGGGCGAUGCCCAGCGUCGGUGUCUGCCGGUAAGGGAGGCGAGUCUGCCUCGCGUUUCUUCGAACCUUCGGGGAAGUUCUCGAGGAAACGGACUAGACAUGACGUCGCCUUUUUCCCGGAAGGAAGCAUCCACUCCUCGCCUUUUUCGCUUUCGUCUUCUCGCGCCUCUUUCUCGCCUGACUCUUCUUCCUCUGCGGGGGACCGCGUGGGGCCGGAAACUCGAGUCGGUUCAGACUGGGAGAGAGGCGCGGCGGCCAGUCAUAGCUCCAGCAUGCGGCUCGGAAGAAAAACACGGAAAGGGGAUCUCUGGCUGCUCGCCUUCGCUCCCUUUGCGUAUCCUGAGAAAGCAGACUCCACACGCGAGCCCCGCCGAGACAGAGGCGCAGAUGACCAGGACGGGGACAGGCGGAAGCGCGAGAGAACGGUGUGUGGGCGAUCUCAUCUCUGUUGCGUGAUUGGCAACUCCCAGGGCGACGGCUCGUGGCGAGGGAGGGAGGACGAAGGUGCCGGGGAAGAGGGAAAGAAAGAGAGAAAAGACACGGAAAACGACCUCUCGAGAGGCGCGAGACGCGAGACGCAAGGCGAUCGAGACACAGAGAGCGGAGCCGAGAGAGACAGAGAAGACGCGAACCAGACGGACGGCAAAGACAAGGAUCCACGAGGCGACGCCGGCACAGAUGAACACGAGAGCCGUGUUGCCGAGGAGGAUGACGCUUCUUAUCAACCGUGUCCUUGUCUGGUGACUCUGGCGAUCGCAACCCACCUGGCUGCGGCCAUUCGCAACUACAUCAAAACUCACAUUGGGCUCACGAGCACUGCAGGCAUCAGCACGAACAAAUCGCUCGCGAAGCUUGCCGGGGCAUACAACAAGCCGAGCCGCCAGACGCUGCUCCUGCCGCAGCACCGACGCGCGUUCUUGGCGCCUCUCCCUCUGCAGAAACUCCCCGGCGUCGGCGGGGCCUUGCUGCGUCUCCUCUCGCGCGCACGCCUCCGAACGUGCGCGGAUCUCCUCGCCCUUCCUCUCGCGCGACUCGCCUCCCUCCUCGAAGCCUCCAACUUUCACUUCGCGCCUGCGGCGUCGCUGGCCAGGGCGCUCGCCGAGGACGCAGCGCGGCCGCUGGAGACGUUGAGGUGGAAAGGAGACAGAAGCGGAGACGAUUGUGGGGAGCGCGGGGAGACGCAGAGGCGGGGCGACAGACAGGACGACGCGCGGAGACAGCGAGAACUGGAGCGGAGGCAAUCGGGAGUCCUGAUGCCUUCCGGAGACGCCAGGCGAACCGUGCAAAGCAACGCGUCCAGCGCCUGGCGCUCUGGUUCUUCGCCACAGCGGCGUUCUCCGUCCUCUUCUCCGGCCCAAAAUCCUCGGCUUCUCCCUCCACCUGCGCCCGCGGUUUCGGCCUCUCACGCCGCUGUCUUUGCCUCUUCGCAGGCAACGCUCUCCGCUUCUCUGUCUGGUCUCUCGCGUUCGCCCUUCCUCGCAUCAGCGCUCUGUCUCCGAGCGCUCUGCCUCGGCGACGAAACUGAGCCCGUGAUCCCGACGGUGGCGCCCAAGAGUCUCAGCGUCGAGGAGUCCUAUGCUGCGCGGGGUGUACGUACGCCCGAGCGCCUGGUGUAUGAGCUGAAGAAGCUCGUCGGCAGGUUGCUGGCGCGUCACGAGUCGCACGUGAUGAAGCACAAGCAGUACGCGACGGUGUUCAAACUGAAUAUCCGGCAAAAGGACUGCGACGGAGAAUGCCGACAGAUGAUCCUCCCGCCGUGCUUCUGGGACGCCUGCUCGUUCCCUCCGUCUCCUUCUCUCUCUUUGGCCUUCCCUUAUGCGUCGUCUGCUCCGUCUUCCUCCUCUGCCUCCUCUUCCUCUUCUUCCCCCUCUUCUUCCCCCUCUUCUUCCCCCUCUUCUUCCCCCUCUUCUUCUCCGUCUUCCCUUUAUUCGGGGUGUCUGGCCUCUGUCAGAUGCGAACUGCAUAGACCCCUUCUGUCUGAGAUGCAAGCGCAACUCCCGAGCGAUGCAUGUCGCUUUCUUGAUCUCGUCUUUCUCCUCGAAGAACAAAGAGAGCGACUCGGCGCCCAGUCUCCUCUCCGCGUGGUUCCCCCCGGUGCUUCGUUGGAUUCUGCUGCCUGUGCAGGCCUUGCCGGAGCGUGCGGGGGUGGGCUCCACGGCCGCGGAGCGAAACCGAACGACUGGCAGAACCUGGCGUCGCAAGUCGACAGUUGUCGUUCCCAUCUCCUGCUGCACUACGCUCUCUGCCUCGUUCUUCGGCUCGGCCUCGCGAUGGACCUGCCACUGAAUGCAAACCCUGCGAGCACUGGAGCCUCUCAGGAGUCGCCCGCAGACUGGGAGGCCUGCGACGGAGCGCGUGGGACAGCUGAGAAGACCGAGAGCGAAGCCGACGCGCGCCGCUGCGGAAGAGAAAAAGCUCAGACAGAGGAGAGACCCGCACGGGAAACGUGGUUCGCAGCAGCCACCAAGGAAGCCGAGGGAGAGACGCAGGCCAGGUGUCUAGAGGAUACGACGAACGAACGAGAAGGCGAAGAACGGCCAGAACGCAGUCGAGGCGCGAGAGAGGGAGACGGUCUGUCGCUAAAAAAGAGGCUACCCGACAGCAAGCGUAGGCGCGUGUCAGAAGAAGACACAAACGGCUCUGACCCGUUCGCCGUCAGGCGUGGCGGCUGCGUGUGUGCAUCCCCAUCCGUUGUUCCAGCGUCCGCUUCUGCGAGUUCCUUCUCCUCCGGUGUACACCUGGUUUCACUUGCCUCGGCUUCCGCUGACUCUGCGUCUUCACGCUCCGCUUCGUCCCUCACGGCUGCGGCAGCUCUUUCGUCCUCGGGACCUGCCGCUCCGUUUCGUGUCCCGCAGCAGCCAGGCUGGGUAUUCGAGCUCCACAAGGUGUCUGUUGGAUUUUCGAACUUUCAGGAUCACCGAGACAGAGAGCGAGAGAGGCGAAGAACGCGGGACAAAGCGCGGCCUCUCGACGCUUUUCUUCGGGGGGACUUGCCACGGAGACGCGCGGGACCGAAGCGGGGCCGUAGGGACACCGGAGCAGAACCCGGCGUGGGAGAGGGAGAGAGAGAAGGGAGAAGCGAGGCAAUUUUCGGCGCCGGCUCGAGGGACAGAGAGAGAGAAGUAGAGGCGAUUAGUCUCGUUACGUCGGACGAAGACGAGGCAGAGCCGGGACGGGCGGGCGCAGGCCGCGGGCGACACGAAGAAAGAGAAGGGGACCAGGGACAAAGCAGCAGAAGGAGAGAAGACGGAGUUGCACAAGAAGAAUCGACAGAAAUGCUAGGAGAGCUAAAUGAAGUUCGAGCAGAAGAGACAGGCGGUGCGGUCGCUCUCUCUGAGUUCUCAGGGGCAUCUGUGGCGUCUGGUGACACGGCAAGGCUCGAGGAGUUGAGUGCGUCCUCGAGUGAAGAGGAAGAGAGAAGCAGGAGGCCAGGCAACCCGGAGGAAGAAGAAUGCCGUGGAAACGAAAGUGCUAGCCAAGGACCGGCAGCUCACGGCCAGAGGACGGAAAAGGAAGCAGACAGACAAGGAGACAGAACGGAAGAUACGACGGCAGACCAGCGAGAAGCGGCGACAGGAGACAACGAGGGGAGACAAGACACGGAGCCGUGGAGCCUAAAGCAGGAAGCGUUCCAGGAGAUCAUCGUCCUAUCGCAAGAUUCCUCCUCUUCAGACAAAGACGAGAACGCCCAGAACCGGGGCCUGCUUUCUCUGUCUUCCGCUUCAUCUUGCGCGUCUUCUUUUCCCGCGUCUUCGUCGCGUUCUUCCGCGGCGUUUCCCGCGCGCGUUGCUUCCCCUCCCUGCUCGGCUUCCGAGCGAGGACCAAGCAAACGCGCGACAGAAGGAAGAGAAGACAGGCAAAGAGAAAGCGACGACGCGGUUUCUCUUCCUGCCUGGAUCGACGUGUCUUGGUACCGCAGUUUACCUGAUGGGCUGAGGCGAGAAGUCAAUGAGGCUCUUCCGCAGAUGUUGGUACAAGAUGCAAAAGUAAAAGACGUCAUGGGGCGCAUGCAGCGGGAAAGAGCCGAGAGAAAACUUUCCCGGCUGUCCUUCUUCCUCCAAGGGCGGAAAACGGAGGCGGGCGAGAAACUGGAAACUCGAGAAAAAUCGAACAGGGAAGGCGAGCGGCGAGGAGACAGUCGUGGCCGAAAGAGGAAACUAUAG